AUUCUACACUCCAAUAUGAAAACUGCUGAUUUUCUUUCCCUCCUUUUUGUAGGAGAUGACCAAGAUAGUGAAAAGUCAAAACCAGCAGGCUCAGAUGGUGAGCGGCGGGGGGUAAAGAGACAGCGGGAUGAGAAGGAUGAACAUGGCCGAGCUUACUAUGAAUUCCGAGAGGAGGCUUACCACAGCCGCUCAAAGUCUCCACCACCCCCUGAAGAAGAGGCAAAAGAGGAGGAGGAAGAUCAAACUCUUGUGAACCUGGACACGUAUACCUCUGAUCUCCAUUUUCAAGUGAGCAAAGACGGCUAUGGAGGGCAGCCACUUUUCUCAGAGAAGUUCCCUACCCUGUGGUCUGGGGCAAGGAGUACUUAUGGAGUGACAAAGGGGAAAGUCUGCUUUGAGGCCAAGGUAACCCAGAAUCUCCCAAUGAAAGAAGGCUGCACAGAGGUUUCUCUCCUUCGAGUCGGAUGGUCUGUUGAUUUUUCCCACCCACAGCUUGGUGAGGAUGAAUUCUCUUACGGUUUUGAUGGGCGAGGACUCAAGGCAGAGAAUGGGCAAUUUGAGGAAUUUGGCCAGACUUUUGGGGAGAAUGAUGUCAUUGGCUGCUUUGCUAAUUUUGAGACUGAAGAAGUAGAACUUUCCUUUUCUAAGAAUGGAGAAGACCUUGGUGUGGCAUUCCGGAUCAACAAGGAAUCCCUGGCAGACCGGGCGCUCCUACCCCAUGUCCUCUGCAAAAAUUGUGUCGUAGAAUUGAAUUUUGGUCAGAAGGAGGAGCCCUUCUUCCCGCCACCAGAAGAGUUUGUAUUCAUCCACGCUGUGCCUGUUGAGGAGCGUGUGCGCACUGCAGUCCCACCUAAGACCAUAGAGGAGUGUGAGGUGAUUCUGAUGGUGGGACUUCCCGGAUCUGGAAAGACUCAGUGGGCACUGAAAUACUCAAAAGAAAACCCUGAGAAAAGAUACAAUGUCCUGGGAGCUGAGACUGUCCUCAAUCAAAUGAGGAUGAAGGGGCUUGAGGAGCCAGAAAUGGACCCCAAAAGCCGAGACCUUUUAGUUCAGCAAGCCUCCCAGUGCCUUAGCAAACUGGUCCAGAUUGCUUCCCGGACAAAGAGGAACUUCAUUCUUGAUCAGUGUAACGUGUACAACUCUGGCCAACGGCGGAAACUGUUGCUGUUUAAGACGUUCUCUCGGAAAGUGGUGGUGGUUGUCCCUAGCGAGGAGGAUUGGAAGCAGAGGCUGGAGUGGAGGAAGGAAGUAGAGGGCGAUGAUGUGCCUGAGUCCAUCAUGCUGGAGAUGAAAGCCAACUUCUCUUUGCCUGAAAAAUGCGACUACAUGGAUGAGGUGACAUAUGGGGAGCUGGAGAAGGAAGAAGCGCAGCCUCUUGUCACUAAGUACAAGGAGGAGGCAAGGAAGCUGCUGCCCCCCUCUGAGAAACGGACAAAUCGCCGGAACAACCGAAACAAGCGCAACCGGCAGAACCGAAGCCGAGGCCAAGGCCAAGGCUAUGUGGGCGGGCAGCGCCGAGGCUACGACAACCGGGCCUACGGGCAGCAGUACUGGGGGCAGUCUGGAAACAGAGGGGGUUAUCGUAAUUUCUACGAUCGAUACCGGGGAGAUUAUGAUCGCUUCUAUAGUCGAGAUUAUGAGUACAACAGAUACAGAGACUAUUACAGACAGUACAAUCGGGAUUGGCAGAAUUACUACUACCACCACCCCCAGGACAGAGACCGAUACUACAGGAACUACUACGGUUACCAAGGGUAUCGGUGAAGCCUCUGCCCUUGUCACCUGUCAGCCAUGAAGCUGAAUCUCUGGGGGUGCCAGCCAUCCCCAAAAACACAACCAAGGAAAACAGGGGCUGUCGGGGUGGGGCUGAGCUGCCGGGGAGGGGUGGUGGGAGGGAGGGUGCGCAAACAAGGGUGGGGGAGGGGGGAGGUGGAAACAAACAACAAAACUGUACAUUUUUUUUAAAGUUUGUUGAAAAGAAUAUUGUCUUAUUCUAUAAAACAUUUCAAACCUAGUUAGAUAUUUGUAAUCAAAAAACAUUUGCUCAGAAAGCAGCACUUAGGGCUGCCUGUCCUAUACCCUGCAGUUGGACAGGAAAAGGACUGAAAAUGUCACCCUUUAACACUGUAAGGCAGCAGGAGCGCAGCCAUGUGAGGGAGAGUGAGGAGGGUGAGCAAGCAGGCGUGUGAGGGCACUCUCCGUGGCAGGCAGGAGGGGACAGGGAGAGCUUGUGACUGGGGCAGUGAAAUAAACGAUUGGCUCUUAUCAAUCACUUGCACCAACUAACCGUUUGUAUUUUCUUUACCAACCUUUCCCUCUUGGGAUAUCUGGUCUGGUGGGCUGGGAGGCAGAGUGGCAUUGUCUCCACUUUCCUGUGCCUGUGUGCUGUUUGGCUGAGGCCUGGAGACUACCAGUUGGGUGGUUCUAUUAUAUAGGAUUCCCAGGCUGAGGAGGCAGGGGGACUGCUUGUUCACAGAGCAGAAUAGCUUGCAUCCUCUACGUACCCAUUAAUGAGUUCCCAUCAAGUCUUGGGGGAGAAUGGGGUUGCAGGCCUCAGCCUGAAGAUGGUGAUCGUCAGUCUGUCCUCUCUGUCUUCCAAGGUUGAGAUAGGCAUGAAGUCUCUGAAACCAUCUCUGUUAGAGUAUCUGUCCUCUUACAGUGCAAGAGAAGGAACGUUUCUCAGGGUUUCCGCUCACACAGAAAUGAAGCAGGAUUCUUUUCAUGGCAGCAGGAUGUGUACAUAGUGAAUCCUGUGGUGUGGGCUAGCAGGCCCAGGUGCUGAGAAUAGCAACUAUUUUAUACAGUAUGGAGGGCACGAGCCCGCUGGUCUUUUUGAUACACAGGUAGAAAGUGAAUAGAAAGGGGCGGGUGGGGGCGGGGGGGAGGCAGCUCAGUGGGGCUGCUGCAACUUGGGGAGAGUGUGAAUGUGUGUGUCAUGUGUGCAUGAAAGGGAGCGCCCCUUCCUGGCUUCUUGAAACAGGAUUCCUUCUGGGGUGCUUUGCUUGCGUGUCCCCAGAGAGGCCUCAAGCCAGGAGACUUCAGUUGGGAUGGUCUUUGCAACUUUACCAACACCCUCCCAAUUCUUAACAGCUUCAGGUGCCCGGGUUCAAGGCUAUGGGUGGGACAUGGGAAUGCUCUUUCAAUAUGUAGCUUCAGUUUUAAUUCUUCCCGCUCAGCAGCUCAGCAUGGAGUCCGCCAAGAGCUUCUUCAGCCAAUACCACAUGUUGCAGCGCUUCCUGGUGAGGAAAGACCCUGGGUUGUUACUAGAAAAAGCUUCACUUCCAUUUCCUCACCUGAGCAGUUCUCUGUUUAAAACUUUGUGCCGAGAUUUGGUCUCUCCCUCUCCCACUGUGACCACCGUGCAGCCCUUCUCUAGUCUGCAGGCUCUCGUUCUGGCCCUCUAGUUGCCUGUCUGUGAUACACCCUUCUGUCCCACAAAUACCUCUGACCCCCAGCCUGGAAUGGGGGGCUGAUAGGAAGUAACUGCUUGCUCAUGGUGUCCUCUGGACACUGCUUUUGUAGUGCCGUCGAAUGGAUUUGUGUGUGGCAGUGGAUGAAGUGACUGCAUGAACUUUUCUGUAACCCACUAACUUUUUAUUAAGGGAGUUUUUGAGAAGCUUUGCUUAUAGUAUCAGGGCAAGGAGGUGAAAACUGGAGCCCAAAGAAAUUCUCUUAGGGCAAGAUCAUGUUAUAAUAGAAAAUUAAAUCUGAGGCAGAAACUGCCACCCCCUUCGAAAUAUCCAGUCCUCCAGCAAGUAGCAUCCUUUUGUAGUCUAUGACAUGGUGUGUGGGUGCUAGGCCCUCAGGGCCAGGGGGAUAAACUCUGCCCCUUUGGGUUUCUUGUGGGGAGGGAGGAUUAGGGGAGGUACUUGCUGUUCAAUUUUGACACUAGAAAGUCACCUUUAAAAAAAAAAAAGCUGUUUUUCUAGGUGGGUGGAAAGUGACUGCCACGUCCUCGUUGGUUUAACCCGAGAUCACUCACAGCAGCACCAGGUGUCUGGGUUUUGUUUCUGUUUUUAUUAUAAAAAAAGCAAUGUUAGGGGCAAAUGUGGGUUACCAGAAGGGACCCCUAGCCUUGUUCUCCUUAGAUCUGUGUAGUGUUUUAUCCGACCUCUGUUGUAGUUGUAGAUGGAAAAGCUUGUGAGAAAAACAAACAUCACAUGGAGCCUGUAAAUGUUUUUGCACAACCUGUAAAGCAUUCUUGGAAGUGGCCAGUAAAAAAGGGUUUUACCAUUUUUAAAAAAAUGUAACUGUGUCAUUGUUUACAUCUGUAACUUUCCUCCCCUGUUCUCCUUACAGCAUUCUGGCGAAUGUGUAGGCACAGUAGUUCCAGUUUUAGAAUAAAUAACCAUUUGGAUUGAA